AUGGACGCAAACACGGGGGAUACAGCAUUGCAAUUAAACUCCUUUUUCUUACCCUCUUGGGAAGCCGAGUUCAGCCGGGCGAAAGAAUUAACAAACUGGCUUGAUGAGCCGGAAAUUCCCUCCUCUGAAGAGUUUUUAGCAACCUCUCCAGGACACCUUCUCAACGUCCAAGAUGAGGACAUCACCUCGAAGGAAAAAUAUCUCGAAAAGCAGUACCGCAUGCAACGAUUUGAGUCUGUCGAGCAAACUCGACUGGCAGUCUCGCAAUUUCGUCAAACACCCUUGAUGCCUGAAGGGGACUUGGCGCACAUCUACACCGAGGUGCAAGUGCUGGGAGUCGUGCUCACCGGUCGUGGUGCUGCUGUUCGAGUCUCCUUGUCUACCGACAGAGCUCCAGAUACAGUGGACUGGAUUAACUCCGACCGGCUUCGGUCGGGAUCCCUCGUUGUUCUCUCCCCCGUGCAAGACGCUUUUAGGACAGAGUGUCGAGUGGCUACCGUCGCCUAUCGAUUUUUGGCUGGCGGCCUCUUGCCGGACCUAGAAGCCGACCCCCCAGAACCAGACGAUACGCCUGCUCGGGUCGACUUAUUUUUGUCAACAUGGCCGAAGGAUUUACUAGAUUCAAACACGAAAUACUACAUGGUGGAGGCGAAGAACGGAUAUUUUGAGUCCUUUCGUCACACGAUGAUGGCACUACAAGCCGCCGCUUCUGAGAAAUCUGUGAUAGACAAAUACCUUCUGACAAAUAAUGUUCGGGAGAUGUUGGCUGAGAAAACUUCUGUCAAACAGCGCGAGCAAGCCCUACUCACACUACGCACGCAAACCCGCGCUACACUCGACAAGUCACAAGCUACCGCCAGCGUGGCUAUGAUGAAUGAAGAGCUUUCUAUAAGCCAAGGCCCCCCUGGCACCGGAAAAACCCACACAACUGCCGCAACAAUCGAAGAGAUAAUUCGUCAUCAUAACCCUAGAACGUUGAUCAUUGCGGCUCAGACCAAUCAUGCAACUGACCGGCUUCUCGAGCUCUGUUUGCGGAACGGGCUACUCGUCUGCCGUUUAGGAGGUCGUACAGUCUCAGAUGAUAUUGAAGAACAUUCUUUAUUUAACAUCCGUGAGAGGAUCAAGGGUACCAUCCCUGGCACUCGAUUGCCUGCUGCGGCCUACCGAGAUUUCGAAACCGCACGUCAAGUUCUCGAGCUGCACCUCAGACAGGCUUCCCAUGGCCAGCAAAAUUACGACGCAAAGUCUUUCAGGGAUGCCAAAAUUAUCACCAUACAGCAGUUUGAUUCUUUGCAGAACGAAGACUGGGAAACUUUGACAGAAAUGGAUCCGCUUUUGGCCUGGCUGGGCUGGGAGUCCUUCAAGUCACCGAAAAACACCCUUUCAGAAAACUGGGAGCGCAACAGAAAAGUCAAGAAUAAAGCAGAGAAUGUGGACGAGGACCGCGAUAGACGGCGCCGAGAUCCAGAGAAACCCAUUGGCCCAUACAUUCAGCUAGAUCGUCGCCCCGAAGCCCCAGCAUCUCGAUUCAAAACCAUGUUGGCCCGCAACCGGGACUUAUACAAGGUCAAGGCCCAACAUCGAGAAGAACUUUUCAACUACAUGUGUUACGAGUUGUCAAAAAAAAUUCAGUCAAGACUCCCCGAAGCAAUCGAAAAGUUCCAGGCUGCGUGCCAUCGUCUGCAGAGCUAUAAAGUAGACCAUGAUAGUCGCGUCAUCCUGAAAAGCAGACUUCAAGUCGUCGGGUGUACGAUUACUGGGCUGUCUAAGUACCGCGAUCUACUCCGAAAAAUCAGCCCCGAUAUUCUGAUAAUCGACGAGGCCUCCGAAGCCACCGAGGGAAGCAUCGUAGCAGCACUACUGCCGUCGCUCAAGCACCUCGCGUUAGUCGGCGAUCAUCAACAACUAACGCCUCGCUGUGUCAACCCUCGCCUCACUCAGCCAAAUUUUGCGUUAGACAUAUCCUUAUUCGAACGACUUGUUACGAAGAAUAACAUGCCUUACCAAGUUCUCAACCUACAGCGGCGAAUGAUUCCAGAGAUUCGCCAGCUUGUCAAUGUUUUUUAUCCAGGCCUGUGCGACCACAGCUCUGUCCUCAAGCGAGAGAAGGUCAAGGGAAUCGGACAGCCCCUCUGGUGGUUUGACCACGAUUGGCCAGAGCAGAAGAAAUCCGGGGCCUCUGGUCAAAGUAUUCUGAAUAAAGAAGAAGCCGAGAUGAUUACCAGUUUUGCUGAAUAUCUUAUCCGUUGCGGCACGCCUAUCGAGAAAGUAACCAUUUUGACGUUCUAUACGGCCCAGCAGGAGCUGAUUGAAGACAAACUCGGCCCUAACAUUUGCAAGACUGUUGACAGCUUUCAAGGAUGCGAGAACGACGUGAUUCUUCUAUCUAUUGUACGCAGUCCACCGCCAGGACAAGGACCAAGCGCUGGCUUUAUCGAAAACAUACACCGGGCCACUGUGGCACUAAGCCGAGCUCGAAACGCCCUCUACAUCUUUGGCAAUGCGUCGAACCUACAACACAGUUCAACUUGGGGCCCUGUUCUUGAUGCUCUUGGCCCGUCGAGACAGAACCGAGUGCCGCUGAAGUGUCCUAUCCACUCAACUACGGCCUUCAUCCGCUCCCCACAACAAUGGAGCUCCUUUUCAGAAGAGGGAUGCCGCGGGGAGUCAUGCGAAAACGAUGGAGUCCGAGAAGGCGACAUGCCAAAUGGAGGCCUGCAGUCGCCGGUUGUCAAGACGCCAGCAGUCAAGGCACCGGCCGUCAAGGUGGCGACCGUCGAGGCGGCGAGAGCCAAGGCACCGGCCACCCAGAAAAAGCGCAGGAAAGCGCGCGGCAGCCAACCGAAGAUCUUAAAACCGCUUAGCCAACUUCAACACUCGGCCCAUCCGGCUGCAGCGGUCAGGCUUGACAAGGCGACUCUCGAUCGAUUAGAAGACAUGUCGUCGCAUGGGCCGACGCCGAACAUUAGCGCUGCGACGGUUGGCGGCCAAAACAGCGCUGCUUUGCAGAGUAGUGACUAUAUGAUUAAAGUCGGCUACGAUGCCGUUAUUGCAGAGCUUGAAGAGCUUAUAACCGAAAUUAGAGGAAAAGCGCAGGUUAACGUAGGAGAAAGUAUAGGGGAUCUAAUUGACUUUAAUUAA